GCUUGGACUUGGCAUGCUGGCAUGGCACCUAAGUUCCGCGUGUGUGAGCGAGAGAUGCUGAGUUGAUAAGAGGACUGAGGUAUGGCCCAAAUGACUAUGUCCAUACUGGUGUCUAGGUGAGCGAAGAACAAAAAAGAGUUGUGCAGUGGAUUGUGAAGUAAGCGUGGCUGUGUCUGUGUGAUGCUGUGAGAACAGACAGGAUGGAUUCUCUGACUCUCUCACCAAACAGAGUAGAUAUGAAUCUGAAGAUAACUGGUGUAGAAUGCCAUCCUGAAUCCUUAGUUGUAGUGUUUCAGGGUCAAUACAAGGCAGGAUGUGAACUUGACUAUUACAUACUACAAAAUGAAAUACAACGUGCAUUCAAAGAAAGGGGUACUGUUUACGUUGGUGAAUUCUGUGUGGUGGAAGACGCAGAAGGCACAUGGCAUAGAGGAAGAGUUCUGGAGAAGAGCAAGAAUAUAUGUGAGGUUUUUCUUGUAGAUGAUGGACAAGUGCUGGUCGUCGAAGAAACACAUCUUGCUUCUGCUUGUGAUGAGUUCUUUAAGAUACCUCCAAAGGUGGUUUUGGGUGUUUUUGCAAGUAUACUUCCUCUUGGAGAAAAAUGGGAUCCAAAAGCUGUUAACUAUUUUUCAUCUCUAGUAGGAUUACAGAUCAGAGGUCAUGUGAAAGCUGUUACGUCAUACCAACUGUUUAUUUUAGAAGUGCCAAAGAUCAUUAGUGACAUUCUUGAACUGAAGCUAGGAAAACUUAUUGAUGGAGAUUCAUUUUGUCUUAUUGUAGAUGUGUUAAGAGCAUUUCCUCAAGAAAUGAAUUUCAAGAGAGUGCCACAGGUGUUGAAACAGAAGCAUUCAGUCAAGGGGUUGCUUACUUGCAGUAAUUUUGAGAAACCAACAGAUUUUUGGCCAGUUCCACAUAAUCUCUUUCCACAUUUACCUGUUGGCAGUGAAGAAAAUGUAAAAGUAACUGUUGCAAUAAGCCAGAAUAAAUUUUACUGUCAGAUGCAGAAAUGGCAGAAAGAGCUGGAAGAUUUGACAAAAGCUAUGCAUUUGCAUUAUGAAGCUAUCAGUACUGAAAAUAAAAAAUCUGUUGAUAGUUUAGGACUGCUGUGUGCUGCCAAAAGGCAGACUGGACAGUGGCACAGGGGAGUGAUAAAACAAGUUCUCUCUGAUUAUGUGGAAGUCUGGUUCAUGGAUUUUGGCAAUAGUGAAGCUGUGCCAUCUAGUUGUGUUCAGAAACUUAAAGCAGAGUUCAUGACGUUACCUAUGAUUUCCUUUCCGUGUGCACUGUCUUGCUUCAGUAGUCGAGAUGAAAAUGUGAUAAAAAUUCAGCUGAAAGAACUUGCACAGGCUUUGAUAGGACAAACUUCUGUUUGUGCCCAUAUCGAUGUAUUCAGUGAUACUAAGCACUUGUAUUACAUUACACUGCAAAAUAAAAAACCUGCAGUUAAAGCUGAACAUCCAAAAAACCGGAACGAGGUAGCUGCACCCUGUGUCUCCCUUUCAGCCAAAAAACCCCCAAGUGUUGCUGAAAGCUACAAACCACGUCAUGAGAGCUGCAGUUCACUUAAGGGUUUUACUGAAAAUAAUUGUGUAGAAAACCUUGUACCUGAACAGGAUAUUUCUUUGUCAAGCUAUUGUAGAAGAGCAGAAAUGCGAGUGAAUUCUUGCUAUACUGCUUCUGUGGUACAUGUUAUAAAUCCAUCUGACUUCUUCAUUCAAACACGUGAAUAUCAGAACAGAUUUCAAGCCUUGAUGAAAAAUAUUGCAGACACUUAUAACCAAUGUGGAGCUGAUGAAAUGAGCCUUAAAGACCCUAAACCUGGAUUUCUGUGCUGUGCCAGAUAUAGCAAAGACAGGCAUUACUAUCGAGCUGUUGUCAUUGAGGUGCUUCAUGUAAAUGUUACUGUUUCUUUCUUGGAUUUUGGAAAUAGAGAUACAGUACCCUGUUAUGAUGUGAAAAUGUUGCUUCCAGAGUUUUCUGAUUUACCAGCUUUAGCUAUACGUUGUGCACUUGCUUGCGUAUGUCCUGUUGAUGAUGUGUGGGUUAAAAGUGAGAUUGAUUUUUUCAAAGAAAUUGUGUUCAAUAAAUUUCUGCAGCUUCAUGUCAUUGGAAAGGAAAACAACAUGUAUAUUGUUAAUGCAGUAUAUAGGAGUGAUUUGCAGCAAGUGAGUGUUGCCACGUGUAUGUUUCAAGCUGGAUAUGCUGAUUACUGGGAAAAGACACCAAAUUCUGUUCUAAAUUUACAGAAAAAAAAGCAAAAUAUUAACUCUCACAAAUAUAAAAAUAAAAAAGUCAAUGCACAGACCGCCUUUAAUGUUCAUAAAAAUAAGAUGCCUGGAAAUAGAGAAGUAUUUCAGGAGCAAAAACUGUUAAGCAGUGGUUCUUCAGUGCCAAAAGAAUCUGUGGUACUGUCUUCUUUUGGAAAAGGUAGUAUCUCUAAAAGGCAUAAACUGGUACCCAAGGAAAAAUUACUUUACAAAGAGUUGGUUUUUAAACCAGGAACUGUUCUUGAAGUGGUAUGUUCUUGCAUUAUUUCUCCAGCAGAUUUUUCAUGUCAGUUGCAAAGCAAGCUGCCAGAGCUAAAUAACUUAAUGGAACAAAUUCAGACUUACUAUGAAGAACAUACCAGUCCUUACAAAAGUGGACAGGAUGCUUGUGUUGCUAAAUAUUUCAAAGAUGGGAGGUGGUACAGAGCAACUGUUGUGCAACAAGUAUCCACAAAUGAAGCUGAUCUGGUUUUUGUAGACUAUGGUUAUCGGGAAAGAGUUUUACUUAAAGACCUACAAGCCAUUAUUCCAGAUUUCAUAACUCUGGAAAGUCAAGCUUUUUGGUGCGGACUUAAAAAUGUACACUUACAGAGUAGCUCAUUUCAGUGGUCUGAAGAAGUGUGUAGACAUUUUGAGGACUUAAUUUCUGCUUCUAAGGGACCCCUGACUUGUACCAUUUAUGCUGUUGUUCUUGUGAGCCCCAACCGUUUAUGCAAUAUUGUUGACUUACAGACUCCUUCUGUUACAGCAGAGGAAUUCCUUAAAGAAUGUGGUCUCACACAGUCUGGAUAUACUGAUCUGAGAAACCUUGGCUCUUUGGGUUCUCUGUAUAGUUUUUGCUAUUCAUCUUUUAAUAUAAAAAUUGGAAGUGAAGAGGAGGUUUAUAUAACUCACAUAUAUAGUCCUUCAAAAUUCUAUUGUCAGCUGAAUCGAAACACUGAAACUAUAGAGGCUUUGAUGAAACAGAUUAAUGUUGUAAGUGAAGCAUCAAAGGAUGCAGAAUAUGACACCAGCAGUACACGGUUAUGUAUAGCCAGAUAUUUCGAAGAUGGUCUCUUUUAUAGAGCCUUGGCUUUUCCUGUGGAAUCAACAUCCUAUCUGUAUGUUAACUUUGUGGAUUUUGGAAAUAAGAGUAUAGUAGAGAGAGACCAGUUGAUACCUAUUCCUGACACUGCCACUGACCUAGUAUUCACGCCCAUGCAGGCUAUUAAAUGUUGCCUGUCAGAUCUUAGAGAGACAGACAUUCCAGCAAAAGUUACUAGAUGGUUUGAGAAAACAUUCCAUGGUAAACUGCUGAAGGCUGUAAUUGUAUCCAGAGAAUCAGAUGGACAGCUUGUUGUGGAGUUGUAUGAUGGACAUGUCAGUGUAUGUCAGAAAAUUGAAGAAAAAAUACUGGAAGAAUUUCCACUGAAAAAUUAUGCAGGACAACUCGCUAAAAGCAAUGAAGGAGUGAUACAUCACAUAAAAGAUGACAAAAAAUGUAGUGAAGUAGCUGAAGUAGUCCAGUUGAAAACUGAAGUGAAAUGCCAGGUGUAUGACGAAUAUUAUGAGACAAAUACUGAGCAGAAUUUUGGAGGUGAAGAGCAAAUUGCGUGUAGCACACAAAAUUUGUGUAGUGGGUUUUCAAAAUUCACAGCUUUACAAAACAGCAAAGAGCCAGGUUUUACAAAUACUGUUAAUGCAGUACUGGAGAACAGAGAGGAAUCUCCAGUUGGAGAGCUGCAUUCUCACUCACUCUGUCAUCCUGGUUUAAAGUCAAAGGAAAUAGUUCUAAGUAAAAUAAAUAACAAGAUAGUGAUUGGCAAGUUCUUACAGCAACGUAGAGAACAGUGGCAAGUGGAUGGAAUUUGUGCUGGAAAGUUUGUGUCUUAUGACCUGCAGAAGAAAGGCAGAACAAGAUGCCAGAACACACCAACGCGUAAUUGGGAAAAUAGGCCCAAACAAAUUCUGGUUGCAAAUGGUAAUCCUCAAAUUAGGAAGUCUAGGAAUGGGCUAGGAGGUUGGAGUAAAAGAGAGGUUAUUAGGAUGAAAACUACCAAAAUGCCCUUAAAUGGUUUACUUAGAGAUGUAAAUUCUGGACAGGUAGAAGGAGCAAAAGUUACCAGCAUUUCAGAAAGUGGAGAAUUUUAUGUACAGUUACAUAGAAAUUUGCAAAUACUAGAGAAGUUAAACGUAAUGCUUAUUGAAGAAGCACAAAGAAGUGAUUUUCUUAGAGUGGGUGACAUUGAAGAAGGGUUGGAAUGCAUGACAAAAUCUGAAAUGGACUUGAAGUGGUAUCGAACAAAAGUCCUAAAGGCAUUUAUCAGGGAGAAGUUAAUGCUGGUAUUUGUACUGGAUUAUGGAAACCGUGAAAUGGUGUGUUUAAACAAUGCAAAGAUACUCAGUGAUGAGAUAAAAAGUAUUCCUAAACAAGCUGUGUUUUGUAAAUGGAUUUGGUUUAAAAACCUGAAGAAAAUUCAGUUUGUUCACAUGGUGAACACACUCCAGAACUGUGAAAUAAGGAUCUUGUUUUUGAGAUAUUUGGAAUCCUCUCAUAUCUGGGAAGUAGAUAUUUUAAUAGGGGAAAUUCUACUUCAGGAGUAUUUGAACCAUCUUUUAAGUAAUUCUCAGACUAUUGGACCAGAAAAAUCCAGUAGUACAGAUUGUAAGGAGUUGAAUUCAUCAUUCAAGGUAAAUCCGAUCACAUGGAUGCUGCUGAACAAUGACAGAAGGCAUGUGGGCUUUCCAACUGCAGUUACUGAUCCUUCAAACUUCUGUAUCCAGUUUGAAAUCUUAUUUAAUGUAAUGCAAAACUUAUCUUUACUGCUCUCUGACCUUCCUGAUGACUUGCCAGCUUUGCCAGAAGAACUUGUGUCUCCUGGUGCUACCUGCUUGAUCAAGUUUGGACUGGAUGCAGAGUGGAACAGAGCAGAAAUUAGUGAAGUAACAAGUCAGUCUGUUGUUCUUAAAUUUAUUGAUUAUGGCUUUCUGAAGAGUAUCCCUUAUUCUGAUACCCAUAAACUUAAGGUUAUUCCAGACAGCCUGUUGUAUUUACCACACUUAGCACAUUCUUGCUCUUUACAUGAUAUAGUUCCAGCUACAGGGGAAUGCUGGAGUGAUGAAGCUAAGGUGCUGUUUCACAAGCUUCUUAGUAAACCAGGUCUGAUACUUCAUUUUAAGCACUGUGGCCCUGGAAUGAAAUUAGAGGUGGAUGUUCUGUAUGAGGAGUGCAAUGUAGCUCAUGACUUAAUUGCUGCUGGCCAUGCAGUCUACUCUAAAAUUAGAUGCUGCCUCAUUCCACCUGAUAGAAUGUUACCAUAAAAACCCAAUUUG